UCGAUCCUCUCUAGCUUGUUAAUUAAUUGUCUCAUAUAGAUGACAAUGGUCGUUUAUUUUUAUCCAUGCCUUGUUGCGACAAUCAUUUGUUUCAUGCUUCUUCCUUUUUUACACAUCUCAGCCACUGAAGGCAACGAUGUGGGAUUCAGCGUUAACCUGAUUCGAAAAAACUCUUCCCAUCAUGGCCAUGUCCUCCCUGCUCUACGUCGUCUAAUGGAGAUGGAGUUAUCAGCUAUGGAAAAAACUGUCUCUCCACAAUCCCCAAUAUAUGCUUACCUAGGUCAUUAUCUCAUGGAGGUCUCUAUUGGAACUCCACCAUUCAAAAUCUAUGGCAUUGCGGACACGGGCAGUGAUCUCACAUGGACCUCAUGUGUGCCAUGUAACAAGUGCUACAAGCAACGUAACCCCAUUUUCGAUCCUCAAAAGUCCACCUCGUAUAGGAACAUAUCAUGCGACUCAAAGCUAUGUCAUAAACUGGACACAGGCGUGUGUUCUCCUCAGAAGCAUUGCAACUACACCUAUGCCUAUGCAUCUGCUGCAAUAACACAAGGCGUUUUGGCGCAGGAAACAAUCACACUCAGCUCAACCAAAGGGGAAAGUGUUCCUCUCAAGGGCAUCGUGUUUGGUUGUGGACACAACAACACGGGUGGUUUCAAUGAUCGUGAGAUGGGUAUCAUAGGCUUAGGAGGAGGGCCAGUGUCAUUCAUUUCUCAAAUAGGUUCUUCUUUUGGAGGGAAGAGGUUUUCACAAUGCUUGGUCCCAUUCCACACUGAUGUUAGUGUUUCUAGCAAAAUGAGUUUUGGUAAAGGGAGUGAAGUGUCAGGGAAAGGAGUGGUUUCUACACCUUUGGUUGCUAAGCAAGACAAGACCCCUUAUUUUGUUACCUUACUAGGCAUUAGUGUGGGAAAUACGUAUUUGCAUUUUAAUGGUUCUUCAUCACAAAGUGUUGAAAAGGGUAACGUGUUCCUUGAUUCAGGGACACCCCCAACUAUUUUACCGACCCAAUUGUAUGAUCGAUUGGUGGCUCAAGUGAGAAGCGAGGUUGCGAUGAAACCCGUUACGAAUGACCUGGAUUUGGGUCACCAACUUUGCUAUCGAACGAAGAAUAAUCUUCGUGGGCCUGUGCUAACAGCCCAUUUUGAAGGUGGAGAUGUAAAAUUGUUGCCUACACAAACCUUCGUUUCACCAAAAGAUGGUGUUUUCUGCUUGGGGUUUACUAAUACUAGUAGUGAUGGGGGUGUUUAUGGUAACUUUGCGCAAUCAAAUUACUUGAUUGGGUUUGAUCUAGAUAGACAAGUGGUGUCUUUCAAGCCAAUGGAUUGCACCAAACAUAAAUAGAGUCAUGCCUAAGACGACCUUGUGUCAUUUACCAAUAACAGCUAUAAAAAAAACGACACUUGUCUUUUUUUUUUCCCCUUUAGGAAAUAAAAUUAUCAGGCACAAGGGGAAAACGAAUACAUUCAAGAUUGGAAAUUUGUGUAUGAUUUCUUUAUUUUAUCAA